CAAAGUGAGAUGAGAGUGCUGGAAAAAUACAUAGAUUAGCUGGAGAGCUGCAGAGAAAACUCAGUGAGGCUUCAGUUCUGCAGAAGCCCUGCAGCCUGCUUCACCUGCCCUGAGCCAGGAGUCACUCAGGAGCAAGCGCUGACCAGUGGAGGGAGUGACACAGCCUCCUCUAUUUGUACCACCCAUCCUCACCUUGCUGUCAGUGCACCCAGGCAGUAGAAGGGAGCCAUCCCUGUGCCUCUGCCAGAGACAAGCCUGUUGGAGUGGUAGAGAAAAGCUCAGGCAAAGCCACAGCAUUGAAAUUGUUGCCUUGGAAAAGUGGAGUGGAGAAGUGUGAGACAAUGAAUGGACCCGUGGUUGGCUUGUGUAGCCAUUCGCUAACUGAAGAAGGAGCCUUCAUGUUCACAUCAGAAUCUGUAGGAGAGGGACAUCCGGAUAAGAUCUGUGACCAGAUCAGCGAUGCCGUUCUGGAUGCCCACCUCAAGCAAGAUCCCAAUGCCAAGGUGGCCUGUGAGACAGUGUGCAAGACAGGCAUGGUGCUGCUAUGUGGGGAGAUCACCUCCAAGGCCAUGGUGGAUUACCAGCGCGUGGUGCGGGAUGCCAUCAAACACAUUGGUUAUGAUGACUCUGCAAAGGGCUUUGACUUCAAGACCUGCAAUGUGCUGGUGGCUUUGGAACAGCAGUCCCCGGAUAUUGCCCAGUGUGUCCAUCUAGACAAAAAUGAAGAGGAUUUUGGUGCUGGAGACCAGGGCUUGAUGUUUGGCUAUGCUACUGACGAGACGGAGGAGUGCAUGCCCCUCACCAUUGUCCUGGCGCACAAACUCAACGCCCGCAUGGCAGAGCUGCGGCGCACCGGUGUGCUCCCCUGGUUGAGGCCCGACUCCAAGACCCAGGUGACAGUUCAGUACACGCAGAAGAAUGGUGCAGUGAUUCCUGUGCGCGUCCACACUGUUGUCAUCUCCGUGCAGCACAAUGAGGACAUCACACUGGAGGACAUGCGCAGGGCUCUGAAGGAGCAGGUGAUCAGGGCUGUGGUGCCUGCCAAGUACCUGGAUGAAGACACUAUUUACCACCUGCAGCCCAGUGGGCGCUUUGUCAUCGGUGGGCCUCAGGGGGACGCAGGGGUCACUGGGCGCAAGAUCAUCGUGGACACCUAUGGUGGCUGGGGCGCUCAUGGUGGUGGUGCUUUCUCUGGAAAGGACUCCACCAAAGUAGACCGCUCCGCAGCCUAUGCUGCCCGCUGGGUAGCCAAGUCCCUGGUGAAAGCUGGGCUCUGCCGGAGAGUGCUUGUGCAGGUGUCCUAUGCCAUCGGAGUGGCAGAGCCACUCUCCAUUUCCAUCUUCACCUAUGGAACCUCACAGAAGACAGAGCAGGAGCUGCUGGAGGUGGUGAACAGGAACUUUGACCUCCGGCCAGGUGUCAUUGUCAGGGAUUUGGACUUGAAGAGGCCCAUCUACCAGAAGACAGCAUGCUACGGGCAUUUUGGGCGGAGCGAGUUCCCCUGGGAGGUACCCAAGAAGCUCGUGUUUUAGCACUCACUGGAGUGGGCCUGACCUCGCCCUCCACACUCUUCUCAUGAUCUCAGAUGCUCCAUUUCCUCAGCUCCUCCUGGCAUCUUGCCCACCCCGCCCUGCCCCUGUGAGCAAAGCCCAUCCCUCUCUUUUGUCCCUCCCCAUUAUCAUCAUGGAUGUUGGAGGAGGGCAGGUAGCCUUUAGGUGCUGGGGGUCAGGGUCCUUGUGAGCAACGUCAUAAUGUUCUCCUACCUGUCCCUCAGAGCAGGACAAUGUCAAUCGAGUGGAAUGGUCACCUUCAUCAAGAGAAAAUCUCCCUCAGCCUUCCCACAACCCAGACCUAACUAGAUCUCAAGACUUAUGUGGUCCAAGCACACCAACCUUCCUCUCAGAUGUGUGGCCAGUACCCUGGCCAGGGCCUUAGCAAAGCCCUGUCCAGGCUGGGCACUGACAUCUCCUGGGCAACUGCUAUGUGCAAGGCCAAGGCAAUGACUGACCUCAAGCCUUCUUAUUUCCAAUAUUAUAAAGUGGCACCUUUUGUUAUUCUAUUACAAAUGAGGGAAACUGAGGCACAGUGCUGGGUCCCACAGCUACACAUGUCAGGCUAGAAAUGGCUCAGGCUAAGGCAAAGCAGGUUGGGACAAGACUGUGGCUUAAGCUUGGGUUGACUGGAAGUCAUGCAGUGAACCCACUGCUCCAGGCAAGCCAGGAAUGAUGCUCUGUAUGACACAUUGCAGAGCCAGUACGAAGCCAACAACAGGUUUCACUACCAUGCUUGCCCUGGUAAAGAGUCCAUGGCAGGCUAAGGAGUGUGGUCCCUCAGGCUAGGUUGGAGUUUAGGUCUGGGAAGCAAGCAGCCUUAUAUCUCAGAGGCAAGUGGGCUUGGACUUUGGACCCCUGGGGCAUGUGGCCCAAGUCACAUCCAGUGCCUCCAGGGGUCUUCUGGCACAGGUGUAGUAGCUUGUCCCAGUGCAGUGGCCCUUGCGUGAAGGCUGGGACCUGUGACCUUUGAGUCUCUCCCCUUCCCUGGCCCCAUCCCCGUUUGGUGAUGCUGUGGGUAAGUGGGGCUUCUCUGACCCCCCUUCCAGAGAGGCCAGUCCUGAGGCCUGUGUGUCUAAGCAUAGCACUGCCUCUUGGUGGUGGACAGGGUGCCUGAUGUAUGAGGACAUUCUGCCUUUGCCUGCUGGAUUCGAGAGGACACAUCUGCUCUCAAAGGGCACAAGUGAUCCAUUGGUCUAUUGUGGUCUCAGAAGCUGCAAACUCUUCUGGUUUUUCCUCAGUGGUUGGUGCCACAUACCCUAUCUGUCCUCAGCCUGGGCAUUGGACAGCAGAUCUCAGCCGCCUUGCUAGCAGCUAGGGCACCAGCUCAGACAGGGCUUUCCAUGGCCCCAGGGGAAUGCUGGAGACCUGGCUUCUUCUCAAGGUGCACAGUACUGGUUCUGGCUGCAAGAGUUCCUGGCUGCCUCUGCACCCUGAGCUUCCAUGAGACUUAGGAGCUGUGGCCUUUCUCGAGGCCUUGGCUGUGUAGAGGCCUCAGCAUUCUUUCAGUAUAGGGAGGGCAGGCUCACAGAUGUCUGAGUUCCUCCAACUUGGGUUGUUUUGAAAUGGAAGUUUCCUUCCCCUGGAGAAGAAAGAUCUUUUUGGCCUACAUUGUGCGUAUGAAUCUAAAGCCUUUAUUAAUAGUUCCUUCUAGGACAGUGAAUAAAGAAACCAAGGAGCAA